GUGGGGCGGAGCGGCAGCCGCAGACCCACGCCGUAAACAGACAACAUGGCGGUUGCGGCCCCCGGGGCUUGGCGUGCCCUGCAGGCCGGCCGUGCCCGCCUGGUGGCUGCUUGCCGCGCAUGGCUCGGCCCAGGGUGGAGGCUGUCCGGCUCGUGGGCGGGUCGGCGGGAGGGUCCGGCGGUCUGGGCCGGGGGUCCUGCCCAGAGGAGGGGAUACAGCUCUGAGGCGAAGACGGAGGACGAGCUGCGGGUGCGGCACCUGGAGGAGGAGGACCGAGGAAUUGUGGUGCUUGGAAUAAACAGAGCUUAUGGCAAAAAUUCACUUAGUAAAAAUCUUAUAAAAAUGUUAUCAAAAGCUGUGGAUGCCUUAAAAUCUGAUAAGAAAGUUCGGACUAUAAUAAUCAGGAGUGAAGUCCCAGGGAUAUUCUGUGCUGGUGCUGAUCUUAAAGAAAGAGCCAAAAUGCAUUCCAGUGAAGUUGGUCCUUUUGUCUCCAAAAUAAGAGCGGUGAUUAAUGACAUAGCUAAUCUGCCAGUGCCAACGAUUGCAGCAAUAGAUGGCCUUGCACUAGGUGGUGGUCUUGAAUUGGCUCUGGCCUGUGAUAUACGAGUAGCAGCUUCCUCUGCAAAAAUGGGCCUGGUUGAAACAAAGUUGGCAAUUAUUCCUGGUGGAGGGCAUUUACUGUACAUCUUUAAUUAUGACAGUCUGCCAUCAAGUGAUAAACCAUUUCAUAUGAUAUGGAAACCCUGUUUGCUGAAUGACCCCUGCAGACUUACCUUCAUGGCGGACCAGUGUGGUGAAGGGUGCUGGGGAAGGAGGCGUAUGAAGCCUGGUUGGCUCUAACUGAGUAUCGCGUCCUCUCUGUUGCUGCCACUCUACUCCUGCCUCACUGAGCACUUCUCACGGUCCUGCUGGCCUCUCUGCUUUUCUCUCCCAGCUGUCUACCUGGUGGUCUUGUCCAGGCCCCUUGCUUUGAAUGCCCUUUGUAUGACACUGUUCAUUAAGAAAGCUAAUCCACAUCCAUCCCACACUUUACCACUCCAUUUACGUGUGUCGAAGAUGUCUUAACCUAAUUUGAUCAGCAUACACCUCCUUUUUCUCUGUUUUUCCCAAUGUCAAUAAUGUGGGACGCUCUCACACUUGAACCAAAUAUUUUGGCUUUAGAUUUCGACUUUCCUUUCUCCCUGCAUUCUUUAACUAUUUCAAAAAUCACUUAUUCCAAGCCCCACAGCAUCAACCUCCCUAAACUGCCCAGUCUCAGCCCAAGCCACCAUACUGCACUUGAGUGACAUUAGCACCCUGCUAUUCAGCACUUUGCUUUGAUCUGCCCCCAUAAUGUGUUCUCUCUCAAGCUUACAAUGACUCUUUUUAAAAUGCAAAUUGAAUUAUGUCACUUACUGCCCAAAAUCCUUUAGUGCCUUUGUAUCACUCUGCUAAAGUGAAAUAUAAACUUUUGCCCAACAUAUCUAAGCUCACUUCCUACCACUUCCUCAUCCAUUCCUGUGAGCCUCUUAUAAAUGUUCCAUGUUCAGCCUCACCCUCAGGCCCUCACACCAGCUGAGGUUACACUGAUGUUCUUUAUGAUCUUUCUAUGGCUGCCUGGUUGUCAUUCGGAAUUAGCCUUUUUUUCCAAAGGCCUUCUUAGCUGAUCCAGUCUAAAUCAGCCAGCCAGUGUAUUAUCCCAGAACUUGGCCCUACAUGAAAUGGUAUCUGUAAUACUUCCCACAGUCUCCUGUUCUCUUGUUCAUGUGCUUGUUUCUUGCCCUUUUCCUUCCUUUGCUGCCUGUAGGAUGAUAAGUUCCAUAAGAUUAGUGAUGGUCUAUCUCAUUUACUACUGUGUAUUCAGCACCUAGGACAGUACCUGGCAGGUGUUAAGUUACUCAACCAGAAAGUUGUCAGUUGAACAAAUCACUUUUAUUUCCAAAAUAUAAAAUGGAUAAGCUCCUAUUCAACUUCAUCUAUUUGUAAGAUAAAGAGGAACUACUAACCAUGUUAUUGCAUCAUUCAUGGUUUUGGAGAGCAAGCAAUAGAAAUUCUUUGGCUAUCAUAAAUGAACAGAACAUUUAUUAUAAGGCUCCUGGAAUUGAUAGAUGAAUAGAGAAGUCAGCUUGGAGUUCCUAGUGGAACCCAGGAGCCUUGGAAGUAGAUAACGUGCACAUCACUGUGCCUGCAUUGUCUGAGAGUUGGGGAAAUCGCCACUCUGCAGAGUCACCCAUACAGACUGUCAGUGCUGGGAAAUAAUACCUACCUGGCCAGACCUGGCUUAGGUGCCUACCCAGCUGUGCCAGAGGAGUGUCUGACUCCCUUGGCUUCAUUUAGGGAAGUCUCUGCUAACUGAACUGUGCUCAUCGGAGGGAGAGGGGCCUGGAAUCUCCACAAGGAAGACCAAGAUUGGCCAUUCAGGUAACUCAUUUUAAAGUUUCUCUCAGAGCUUGUUGACGUCCUGCCACAAAGUGAACACACCUCCCUCCUUCAUCCUCUGGGCUAAUAUGACCUUAACUUCCUCAGACUCAAAUCUGCAUUAGAAAAUGACAGUUCCCCACCUUUAGUCAGGGACUGCUCCCAGGUGCUCCGAGCCUUCCUGUCCACAUCAGAGUAAACCCCAGGUCCUCAUGGGCCCACAAGACCCUUAAGAUUUUUCUUUGUACUUCAGCCAUACUAACUUCCCUGUGGCCCACAAGAUCUGUGCACCACAUGCGCCUCCUGGAGACACAUUACCUAGACCCAAGUGGGACACCCUUCUUCCUCCUGGUGUGGUUCCCAGGUUGCCUGCUCAGAGCCCUCCCUGGCUGCACAAACUGUGUGCACCCCACUCUAGUCACGCUCCUCUUAUUGUCUGGUGGCAACUGUGCACAGUUAGCUGUCUGGUGCUAACUGUGGGGUCCUCGAGGCGGUGUAGGGCUCCAGGGCAGGAGCUUCCUUCCCACAGCUGUAUAUGUUUCCCUGUAUCCAGAACAGGCUCCUCCACACUGAAGCUUCAGUGUGCAUGCUUGUUAAAUGAAGGAACAAAGGUGUUGUUUUCUUUGAAAUUAGUUCCAAAAGAGGAUUUCCAAAAUUGUUGUGAAUAACAGGCAUACAGUAUUUGAGGUAAUGAUGAUUGUGACCACUCAUUUGGCCAUAUAAAUUCUGCUUCUUUAUUUUGAAAGAAUCCUCUCCUACCUCGUGUCUUUUGGCAGUGGGUUGGGAGUGCUCUUAUGUCUUCAGCUGAUUUGGGGGGCCCUUAGACAUGCAGAGACUCAGGUCCUGCCCUAGACUGUGUGUUGACAGAGCCAAGGCAGGAGCCUUAGAUGCAUCUGGCAUUUUAGAGUGUCCACAAGUCAGAAGAAGGAGGAUUAGUUGCCAAGAUUCUUCUGUCCUUCACAAAAGUGAUGCUAGUUUGGAGCUCAGUCUCUGCUGCCAGUCAGGACAUGUGUGAGUUACAUACCACACUGAAGGCCUUUAGGAGAUGAUGAAGGGACUCUGAAAUAGUUGCUUUUUUGUGAGAGAAAAACAUGCUAUAAAUUCACUACUCUUAGAAAUAUUUGAGAUGGUUGUAAUUGUUUAUAUUUGUUUUUUUUUUUAAGAGAGAGAGAAUUUUUUUAAUAUUGCGCAUGCCAGGCGAGUGUGCUACCGCUUGAGCCACAUCCCCAGCCCUUAUAUUUGUUUUUAAUGUGGAAAAUGAUUGUGUAUAUUUAUGGGGUGCAGUAUGAUAUUAUUAUCUGUGUAUACAUUGUAGAAGGACUCAGCAAAGCUAAUUAACAAAUCCAUUACCUCACCAACUGUUUUCUUACUGUUUGAAAAUGUUAAAAAUCGGGUCUUUCGCAAAUUUUGAAGUAGACAAUUUAUUAUCCCUGUAGUCACCAUGAGGUGCUUGCUUUUUAGCAGAAACCACAUGAGCUCCUUGGAGCUCUCAGGUCAGGUUCAUGUUGCUCCUUGGGUUCAGGAGUACCAUGGAGUUGCCUGCAGGAAUGUCCUGGGAGCAUGUGACCUGGCAGAUGUCGUGAUUCCCGAGUAUGUGGUUGCAGCCAGGCAGCCUCAGAGCAGGGCUCUGUGUGAGUGUUGCUGGGAUGGACAGUGGAUGAAUUAGUGUGUCAAGGCUGCUGUCAGAUUGGGACGAUUUUAAUUCCAUUGGAGGCAGACUGACUUGUACUCCAUUGGUUAAUUUCCUCAGUCACCCACUGUAUUAAGAAAUGACACUUUAGGGAUCCUGAACUUAACGUGCCCAAGGCUGUAUAAUCUUGGGAAACAACAACGGCAUAAGAAAGUCAGGGGACAGAAAUAUGACACACUGUCUUCAUUUUUACCCUUAUUAGAAUUCAAUAUUCAUAAUUAAUAAUGGGUGAGUGGAAAUAAGUUUUCUCUGUAUUCUUC